AUGGUCAACGCGAAGAUGGUUGCGGAGACCAAAAAGGCUGCAGAUCCUGUCGCCCUGACGCAAAUGAUUCAAAAGGAGACGCAAACUGCCAACUUCAACAAGAUGGACCAAAUUCGAAGACGCGUCGAUGCCACCGUCAAGGACCACAAGACCGCCGAAGCUCUUAAACCUUGGUACAACUACAUGUGUAAGCGAUCCGCCUUCCAUAACGCCUACUUGCCCACAUUCAAGCGCCAGAAUGUCACACUCGUAGACACAGAGGGCAGAGGAGUAGAGAGAAUCACAGAGAAAGGAAUCGUCUUCAUCUCGACGUGCGGGGUCGAAAUGGGGUCAUCCUCAACCAACAUUGGAAAGAUGGGUUGCAGCACCACGCAGUCUGCACUUGCCCCCAACUUCCAGCAUCUUCUCAACGAACAAGCCAAGCAUAUUGCUUUUUUUAUCGCUGAAACUCUACGCCGAGGCGUUACCACGGUUGAGACAUCUCAGGUGUCUGAGGAUGAGUGGAUCCGUACAAUUAUCAGGCUCUGCAGACUUCGAGAAGGCUUUCUUCGCGAGUUACUAUGA